CUGACAUUUAUUAAUCCAUCAAUCCAUUGAAAGAAAAUAAAUUGUGGACGAAAAAAUGAUUUCUAUUGUAUAAUUUGAGGAAACAAUUAUAAAUAGAUAUCAGUUAUUUAAAAAAAAUAGAUAAAUAUUGUGUAUUUCUCACUAAUAACAGUGACAGUUAUUAAUAAUGACUAAUAUUCUGAUUGCGAUUUAUUUUGUAUGCUCUAUUCUUGGUACUGUUUUGGGUGCCAACAACAUCGCUGAAGAGGAGCUUGGAAAUGGUAGAUAUGUGAUCGAAGGCAGAGUAUUUCCUGCUGAUGAUCAAGAACAACAAAACUGGCAAGUGGACACGCGGAUACACGUCAACGGUGGGGAGUACAUAGGCUUCGUUCGUGACGAUGGCACAUUCGUCAUACAUAAUGUGCCAUCAGGAUCUUACGUUGUAGAAGUAAUCCAUCCAGACUAUAUGUACGAGCCCGUGCGAGUUGAGAUCAAUUCUAAGGGAAAAUAUAGAGCUAGGAAAGUGAAUUUUAUCCAGACAUCACAGAUCAUCCAGGUGCCAUACCCUCUUAGAAUGAAGGUGUUAUCGAAAUUCAGAUAUUUCCAAGCCCGCGAGCAAUGGCGUCUGACGGAUUUCCUGUUCAACCCCAUGGUCAUCAUGAUGGUGCUGCCUCUGUUGCUCAUUAUGGUCUUACCAAAGAUGAUGAAUGACCCCGAGACGAAAGAGGACCUGAAGCAAAUCACCAACCUGACUAAAAUGUCAGAUAUGCCAGAGAUGUCAGAAAUGUUCACUAAUCUGUUCAGCGGUGGAUCAACAUCAAAAGCAUCCACGUCCAAAGCUAAACAAGUGAAGAAGAGGCAAUAGUGAGAAUAAUUGUAAAUUUUAUGAUCAAACUUUGUUAAGUGUAGAUUUUGUUAAUAAAACUUGUCAUGUAAA